UCACAAAACCGAACCACGUCGUCCACGUAACAGUUGAAACGAAUAGGUCGGAUAGCGUAGUCUGGUUCUUCAUUCCCUCUUGAUUUAUUCUAAGAAGUUUGCUUCUUACGGUUCAGUUCGUUUCGUUUUUCGAGUACGUAAAAAUAUACGAAAUACCAUCUUGUAGAGAUCAGUUGGUAAAAACUAACCUUUAAAUUGAGCUGACUUCACAACAUCAGAAGCUCGUGCAAUCCUGUUAAAGAAGUUCAAAACGGCAGAAGGAUUUUUAUACUCAAAUAUAAUAAUAAAUUGCACGUUCGACCAAAAAAAAAACAUGGACAAUCUACAGAAUGAAAUGCAACACGCAGAAGCAUCGGAAAUUACCAUACGCGAUCCUCCACAAAUCACCGCCAAACAUACAAAGGAAAUGCAAAUUGGAGAUAAGUUCUGCAUUUCCAUAAACCAAAAAAAGAUUUUUACAGAAAAUGAUAAAAAAGCAGCGAAUGUAGAAGAACAGACGUCACCCAGUCAAUUGUACAAAAUAGACAUACACGAAAUAUUAGAGAAAUGCAAAGGAAAACUUAGGAACAAGUAUAGAACAUUCAGUGCUUACAUGAAUUCUUUACUUUGGUACAGCGAAAAGACUGUCCCUUUAAUAGAUUAUUAUGUAGAUUUGAUGCUGCAGGAAACAGAACAUUCUGGUAAUCCAAUAGAAGACAUGAUUAUCAUCGAGGAGGUGCUGAUGAAAAUUACUGAUGAGCAUACAAAUAUUCUUGUAUAUGGAGAUCCGAGUUAUGGUAAAUCCACGUUGUGCAAGAAGAUUGCAUACGAAUGGGCCGUUGAUAAUCGUGCAUUACAGCAUUUUGAUUUUGUUGUUGUCGUGGCAUUAAGAGAUCUUCAGGGAAAAGGCAUUGUGCAUGCAAUUCUAGAAGCCGUUUGUGGAAAUCACGAAGUGGGAAUGAAGAGAAAAAUAUGGAAUGCCGAUGUAAAUUUCUUGAUCAUUUUAGACGGUUACGACGAAUUUCCUGAUAGAAAUUCAGUAAUUCAAUUUAUAAAAAAUGAUUCUUUCGAUAUUUCACGAAAUAUGGCGAUUCUUGUAACCAGUCGUCCUGAAUCUGCAGAAGAAAUAAAGAUGGCAUUUGAUAUAAAACUUAAUCUCACUGGAUUUCGAGGUCAACAGCAACGUAAAUAUGUAAGCUUAGUUUUCAAACAAUAUGAAGAUAAAGCACGCAGUCUUCAGUAUAUCUUAGAAAGAGAUGAUUUCCUUUUUCAUUUAUCAAAAUGCCCAUUAAUGUUACAUUUGCUGUGUUGUUUGCAUAAGUUGGUAGGACUAGAAUGUACCAAAAGUAGAACAGAAGUGUUUAUUCUAAUAUUUGGAUUCCUUAUCGAGAAAUAUAUGAGAGAUAGUGGUGGAUGUAACCAUUUGAAGAAGGGAAAGUAUUUUUAUGGUGAAGAUCUUUUAGUUCGAUUGGGAAAACUAGUUUAUGAACAAAACCAAAUUAUGGGCAGAGUAAAUCACUAUAAAAGGGAAGAAAGAAUUACAUUCGAUAAAUUAAAAGAAUGUUUUCCAGAUGAGAAAGAACUUGAAUUUAUUCUCGGUUUGAAAUUUUUUAUUUCAUUCUGUGACCAAGAUAAAAAUAUAUAUUUUCACUUUAUUCAUGUGAAUUUCGGGACAUUUCUCAUCGCUCUUUAUUUACAUAAUACCGAAGGAUCAUAUGAUAUCAUGGAAAUAAAUAGCGCUUCGGAUAAUUACUAUCUUUUGAUAUUUUACAUGAAUCUGUUUGGAAAUGAGAAAAUUCCAGAAUUUUUUAAAAAUUGUUUCGUGAAAGUUGAUUAUUUUCCAUAUUUUGAAUAUCAAAUAUGCAACGAAAUUACCAAUCCAGGUAACGUCGUCACGAUAAAGUGGCAAAGUAACAUUAUACAAAAUGUCAUAAAAUAUGUAUGUGAAUUUAAAAAAAACCAUAAAAAAUUAAGCUGGAAGAAGCACAAUGUUACUUCAAUAGUUUAAUGUUUAUUUAAUCUUGGUUGGUAGUUGACAGUUAUUCAAGUUGCCAAUCGACCCAUAUUUCGCUUCUUUUCCGAUGUUUAUAGCAUAGGCCUGAUUUUUAUAUUAAAUCAUAUUCUUUUCUUUAAAGAUAUUCCAGAAAUCAUGCUUGAAAACAUAUUUUGGAUGAUGUAGGAACCUUAAUUACAAAGUUAUUAAAGCAGAUUUCUCACAAUUUUUUUCCAUACAGCGGAAUUUAUAAACUCACUAGAUCAAACAUGUGGAAAAUAUUUUAAAGUUUUUUGCGGUAAUUUUAAACUUGACACCACAGUCGAAAUUACAAGUCCUCACUCAAUUAUCUGCUUGUACUUAUUAUUUGCAUUAUUAUUAUUAUUAAUCAUCCUGUGGACAACAAUGAUAAUUGCCUGGGGCCCCAUCAAUAGGUGACCCCAAAGCAACCUUCUCAUCCAUCUUUGAAUUUUUUAAUGCCACUUGAAUAAACUGGACUUUUACAUAGCAUCUUCACCAUACUCUACUUGCAACAGUUGUAACAUUUCAGUGACACAUUUGUCGAUUUUCACACAAAAUUUCAUAUUAGCACAUUAAUGUAAAUUUCGGUCACCACCCAAUUUUAUGCCAAAAAGUACACUCUGAUAACUAUUACUUUUCCAUGAGCUGUUUAACAACUUGCUCUAUCAACUUGAAAUUUAUGAACUUAAGUUCACACUUGUUCAAACACAAAUGUGAAUAUCAUUUUCAUAUAAUUAUGUCACAGACAACACUAUGCAGCCACUUUGAAAAGUAAUUGUCACACCUCGUACACAUUGUCAAAAGUGGAAACUAGCAAUUCUAUGAGGAUUGUAAUCAAGCUAAUAAUGUGUAACAUUAAAAAUGCACUUUCAUCUUAAUUAUUGGAUUGGAGAGAAUUUAACUUUUAAAGUGCAUGUAAAAUGCUUUGUUACCUCUAUUUUGUAUUAGAUUAAACCAUAUCACAUAAUAAUGUGACGGAAAUUAAAUUUAUUAUGUAUAAGAAGUACAUGAUGUAAUAUUAACUACGCAAUAAAAUAAAAUGAUUAAAGACUGCAUCUUUGUUUAAUCAAUAAAAUAAUAACAGUUCCGAGAUAUAAAUGCACCUUUUUUUUGGGCUUAAUAAAAAUUAAAUGCAUAUUUGUAUCGAGUUCGGUUAUAUCAUACUCUUAAAAAAUAAUAGUCGUCUUCGACUUGUCUUUUCAAAGGUUGUAAUAUUAAAUGUUUUCGCUAAAUAAGGGCACAGAUAAUUUUGCUCAAUAUGACGAAACUACGAUUAACGUCAAAAUCACCAACCAAACAUCAACGCAUGAUUCACCAGAUGAAUGUUAAAUCGACAUAUAGAACACAUGGUUCUUCUGUCCGUAGUUGACCACUCUGGAAUAUCUGGCAACUAACGAGUCCUCUCCACCGAUGUUUAUUGGAAAAUUUAUAACACCUUGUACGUCUCUCACUUUUUGGGCAGGAUGAAACAG